CGGGGUCUCUUCCGCUGUCUCCUCUCUGCGGCGUUCAGCGCGUCGGGAUGGUAGUGGUCGUCCGUGGGCCGGCAGUGGUGAGAGUGGCGUGAAGUAUUUCAGGUUAACACUGUGUCAAGAGUAACGAAGACUGCCAUGUUUACUUAGAUUCUUAAAUUGCACUGAAGUGAUCGUGGCACUAAAUUUUGCAUCAGACAUCGCUCUCCCAGGAUGGCAGCCAUUGAUUUGACGCAUGAUCUUUCUAGAGAUCCUUUUUUUCUUCCUGAGGUAAACACAGAGACAGAAAAGAUGGUAGCUGUCUGGCUGAAAAAUUAUCAUCAGAUUGCAGUGACCUUUGAGGAUGUGGCAGUGGACUUCACCCAGGAGGAGUGGAUAUUACUGGACCUUAAUCAGAGAAACCUAUACAGAAGUGUGAUGCUGGAGAACUACCAGAACCUGGUCUCAGUAGUACAUUUUCCUCUGGCAGAAUAUCAACUGUCAAAACCUAAGCUGGUUGCUUGGUUGGAACAACAGGAGCUGAGGACAGUGGAGACCGGAGUUUUCCAAGAAUGGGAAAUGCGACCUCAAACUAAAGAAUCAGCAUCUCGCCAGGAUUUUUUUGGAGGAAAAACAGCCAUUGAAAUACAAAAAGAAAAGACCCACCAUGGAGCAGAACUCUCUGACUGUGAACAAGGUAGAAAAGUCUUGAGUAAACAUUUAAACCUUAAGACACAUGUGAGAACUCAAAAUAGAGGGAACACUUUUGAGCAUAAUCAGUACCGCAAUGGCUUCCUUAACCCACAAAAGAAAAACUCUACUAGAGAGAAGCCUUCUGAGUUUAAUCAGCGUGAUAAAGUUUUCAGCCUGACUCCACAUACAGCGUAUGAGAGAACUAGUAUGGCAAAGAAGACUUUUGAAUGCAGGGACUGUGGGAAAACGUUCAUUAGUCAUUCACGCUUUCAGACACAUGUGAGAACUCACAAUGGAAGAGACCUCAAUGAAUGGAGGCAGUUUCUAAAAGCUUCAGUUUUCCCUGCAGGCCGUACUGAGCAUGUGCAGACACAUACUGCUCAAGAACUCCAUGAAUGUAAACAAUGUGGGAAGUCUUAUGCAGAUUCCAAGUGCCUCAAUAAUCAUAUCAUUCGACUUCACGCUGGAAGAAAACCUUUUGAAUGUAGUGAAUGUGGGAAAGCCUUCAUUACAUCCUCACGCCUUUAUGUGCAUUUGAGAAUUCACACUGGAGAGAAACCCUAUCGAUGUAAAGAAUGUGGGAAACACUUCCAGUGGCCCUCACUGCUUCGUAAACAUGUUCGAACUCACAGUGGCGAGAAGCCCUAUAAAUGUCAGGAAUGUGGGAAAGCCGUGAGUCGUUCCUCAGUUCUUAAUGAACAUUUGAGAAUUCAUACUGGAGAGAAGCCCUAUAAAUGUAAGGAGUGUGGGAAACACUUCGCUUGGCUGUCAGUCCUCCGUAAACAUGUUCAGACUCACAGUGGUGAGAAGCCCUAUAAAUGCCAGGAAUGUGGGAAAGCCCUCAGUAGUUCCUCAAUUCUUAAUGAACACUUAAGAAUUCACACUGGAGAGAAACCCUAUAAAUGUAAGGAGUGUGGGAAAGCCUUCACUAAUUCUUCACGACUUAGUGUACAUUUGAGAAUUCACACAGGAGAGAAACCCUAUCAAUGUAAAGAAUGUGGCAAAGCUUUUGUUUGGCCCUCAGUCCUUAAAAAACAUCUCCGAACACACAGUGGAGAGAAGCCCUAUGAAUGUGGUGACUGUGAGAAAGCCUUCAGUAAUUCCUCAUAUCUUAAUGAACAUCUGAGACCCCAUACUGCAGAGAAACCCUUUCGAUGUGGUGAAUGUGGGGAAGCCUUUAGGACUUUCUUAUAUUUUAAUAGCCAUUUGAGAAAUCACUCUAGAGAGUAACCCUGUGAAAGUAAGUACUGUGACAAAGCUUUCACUAGUGCUCUCAUCCUGAUGUGACAUUUAAGAAUUAAUACUGGAGAGAAACCAUAUUAAUGUAAGGAAUGUGAGAAAGGCUUCACUUGGUUUUCCAACCUUCAAAAACAUACAAAUUCAAAGUAAAGAGAAACCCUUUGUACAGAAUAUGGGAAAACCUUCAGUAUUUACACAUUUGAAGUCACACUGGAGAUAAAGCCUGGGGGAAAGCCUUCACUAUCUAAUCAAGCCAAACUCAACAUGUAAAAAUUGAUACCAGAGAGCAACCCUUUGAAUUGUAAGGAAUGUGAGGAAAACUUCAGUCAUGGCCAUGACUAAACACCUAAACACUAAGCACAAUAAAUUGAGGAUUUAUGUACAUAAUAAGCAUGACAAAGUGUUAUUCCAGUGUAUUUCAAAAACAUAAAAAGCGACAUUGGAGGGAAAACUUGAAUAUGAGGACUAUGGACAGGUCUACAGGUGUCCCAUUGAAUACAUGAAAGAGCUCCUUAAUUAGAUGUCUAUGAAGUUAAAUGAUGUGGGAAAGCAAUCAGUCUCCUACAAACCAUGCUGGAGGAGCACAGUUGAAGAUGUAUGGAACUCAACUUACAGGGUAGCUUCAUAGAUGUUUUUUGAACAUGUGCCACUCUGUCCAGAGCAUUUUUGGGAAUGGUCUGGCUCUCUGCCCCUCAUAGCAAUGCUAGUCCAGUCUAGUUUCUAUACCUGGUUUGCAGCCUUGCCCCAUGUGGGACUAUCACCGUUAGACUUAAUGUUAUACAAGCCACUGGGAUCCUCUAGUGUAUACUGACCUUGUCUAAUAUUGUGAAGAUGGUGAGCAGUUGAAUUUAGUUCAUUGUUCAGAGUCCAUCUGCAGUGCCUCAUGCUGGCAAAGGUGGAGGAUAUGUGUCUAGAUUUCCUGAAAUGUUUCUCUCACACCUGAUCUUUCUGGGUCAGGAAAGACUUUAGAAACAGUGAGGUUAUACCCUGAUCUCAUAACUCUGGAAAGAGAGCGACAUACUCAGUACUAGGUUAGAAAAUAUUUUUAACCUCAGACAGUGUGUGGAGAGAUUGGGAACAGAGAAUGUUCUCUUGUUCUUAAAUCACCAUAUCCUGGGAAAGCAAUUCUAUUCUUUGCCUGUGUUCAGAAACAGCUGCACCUAGCAUGUGACAUGGUGGUUAGUUUCACAUCCCUUCACAUGCUAUGAGAUAGGAAACCUUGUGGCUAGGACAGAUCCUGAUAUUCUGAUAUACUUUAUGCCACAACUGAUAGAGACACAGAAUCCAUCAGAACCUUGUUUCAGUUUUGAGUUAACACAUUUAUGUACUUGUAACACUUGAGCAGCCUUUAGUUAUGUCAUGGGUGGCCUUGUAGGCUGCAGCAGUUUAAUGUCACCUUCCUUCUGGCUUAAAUCAGUAGAGUACACUUCAAAUCAAAUUUAAUGAUAAAUCCUGAUCAGAUGUCACCUGGAUAUGGGGUACCUGGGUGUUUCAGUCAGUUAAAUGUCCAGCUGUUGACGUCAGCUCAGUUCUUGAUCUUAGGGUCUUGAGUUCAAGCCCUGGAUUGGGCUCUGGGUGUGGAGCCUACUUAAAAAGAAGUGACCCAGAUACACUCUUGUGUUUGGAGACUGGGAUAUGGAAGGGAUUCUUUUGAAUAUGGCUGUAGUCUUAACUGCUUGGUGUGUGUUGGAAUGUAUAAUACACUGACUGGCCUUAAGUAUUGAUAUCUCAAAACCCAUAAGUUGUAAUUCCAGCAAUCUGAUACCCUCAUCAUUGUUAUUGUGCUGAUAACGUUAGCUGAUCUCACUGAGCUCCUCUUUUCAUACUUGGAUUGUCUCCUCCUAAAUAAGAAUGUCUUCUUCAUGGGAAAAUAUAAACCAUUUUCCACCUGUAGGUCUUACUGCUCUGUGAUCUUUUCCUAUGGGAGAAGCCUGGCAGUCCAGCUCAGUUUUCUUGGUACAUUCUAACCAGAGAAGCUUGAUUACCUCAGGGGUGUGCACUGUGAUCACACCCAUGCUGAACUCCAUCUACAGCCUGAGCAACAAGGAUGUAAUGAGCCUCCUGGAAAGGCUUUUUCACCUAGGAGAGGAGCUGUGAUGGGCCACUGGCCUUAGAACCAAGAGGACAUUGUGAGUCCCAAAUGCAAACGUUGUGCAUUUAAGUUUAUGGUUACUCUCCUCUUGUAAUAGAUAUCUUUUCCUUUAUUUCCAAA